UGGUAGUCGCGCGCGAGAGGCGGCUGUGCCUGCAACGUUACGCAUACACUUUCUGCAGCAUGGGAGACAAGAGGAGUCCGACGAGGCCGAAACGGCAAGCGAAGCCCUCCUCUGACGACGGCUACUGGGACUGCAGCGUGUGUACGUUCAAGAACAGUGCCGAAGCGUUCAAAUGCAUGAUGUGCGAUGUCAGGAAGGGCACGUCAACGAGGAAACCUCGUCCUGUUUCCCAGCUGGUAGCCCAGCAAGUCCCUCAGCAGUUUGCUUCACCCACACAGCCCAAGAAAGAGAAAAAGGAAAAGACAGAGAAAGACAAGAAUGAGAGAGAACCAUUGCACAAAAAGAAUAAUCACAAGAAAAUGAGGCCCAGGUUAAAAAAUGUGGACCGGAGCAGUGCUCAGCAUCUGGAAGUGACAGUGGGAGAUCUUACAGUUAUCAUAACAGACUUUAAGGAGAAAACUAAGCCCUCUUCCAGUUCUUCCUCCAGCGCAGCAUCUGGAGAACACCAUUGCCAGAGCGGAUCCAACUCUGACAACACAGAAAGGGGGAUCUCCAGAUCCUCAUCCCCACGAGGGGAGGGGUCCUCACUCAAUGGGGAGUCUCACUAGGAACCCUUGGAUUAUGAACAUUACUUCUAGUCUCCUGAACCUAAUAAUCCAUUUUAACAGACACAGAAGUGAGAUUAUGUAUGCCAAGACUUACCAAGACACAGACUUAACUCAGCAAUACAGGCCAUCUCUCACUACCACAACUAUAGUAUCUGAAGAUAGGAUUUCUCAGGAUAUGGUUUUCCUGGUUUGCUUUAAUGCCCUGAAGGUCAGCUUGUGAUAAAUUGUUUUUAAGCAACUUUGAGUACAGAAAAAAUACAAGAAAUUGACAAUUCUAAAUUAUUUCUGUGUAGCACCAACAUGAUGGGAUAGUAUUAUGAAUCAGAUCAGUGUUGUCUGUUUGGAUUUAGACACCUACAUAAAGUCUUGUUCUCUUUACUAUCAUGGCAUAAUUUUGUAAACUUCUUUUAAACAGCAAUCUGAAAACACUGCAACAGCACCUGUUAUGUUCCAGAAAUUAUCCCUGAGGUUAAAAAAGCUUUGUGGUUAAAGACUUAUUGAGUCAACUGUUGUGCUUCAACAUUAAUAACAUGUAAAUUGCAGCAGUUACGUAUUGUAACUUUAAUAUACAUCAAAAUGCAUUAUGGGGUGCGUGUUAGGCCAUCUAUGAGUAACUGUGACAAAACAGGACUUCCUUUCUCUGUUUUUAAUUGCACCUGCUGGUACUUGGUAUGCUUUAUUAGAAAACAUUGUUUGCUUAUUUGUUCGUCAUUUUGGACACUUAUGGUAGAUUGCAUCUCUUGUGCGGCUUCUACUAUCUCUGUUGUGUGAGAAUGUCUUGAUAAAAUUCUGUUAAUUCCACAAGAAACAACAUUUAUGACUAAAAUUUUCAAAUGUAUUUGUAAGAUGUUGACUACAUCCCCUACUUUAUGAUGAACAGUGGUAUACAAAUAUAUUGCAGUAUAGAAGAUAUCUCUUAAUAAAAUGUAAGAU